AGACACAAGUGAGGACGGACAGGGACAGACGGUGGAUGAAGGAAUGGAAAGAGGACAGCGUGGAGGCAGCAGAGAGAAAGGGAGAGACACAGAAAAGGAGGCUGAGGGAAAGAGUGAAGCAGACUCACAAGGACAAGAGAGGGAGAGCAGCACUGAGGGAGACAAAGAUGGAAGAGAGAUGACAGAAGAGGGGAGAGUCUGUCUACAUGAAUUGGAUCCUGCCAGGAGCCUUUCGUUAAAACCUAAAACACAAACAAUCCUGUGUCUGCUUUCUACGUGCGGUCAAGAGAAGCCCCUGUACUCCAGCCUCCUCAGAGUCCGUGAACGCACCACCCCUGGGGGUGUGGACCCAGUUAUUCCCCGCUGACUGAGAACAGGAGGCUACAUCAUGGGACGGCGGUCCGAGCAAUGAGCCAGCAGGGCUGACGACAGGGACAAAGCAGCGAUUCACUUCUGACUGCACCUUCACCACCAGCACCAGCAUCACCACCAGCACCUCCAUCUCCACCUACAUCAUCAUCCUCAUCAUCAUCAUCAUCAGCAGCGAGCAGGGAUCCGCUGAGAGGCUUCGUUGGGCUGACUCGGGAUCUGCCCAUGCUGGAGGAUGGAGAUAGAGAAGAGGACGAAUGGGUUCGACUACCCGGAGAGAAACAACGCCAAGUCCGUCAACGGCUUCUUCAGUGACCAUCCGAUGGAGUCUGAGCACAGCUACAACAUGGAUGAUCCAGCUGACCAGCGUACUUGCCUUAUCUGUGGAGACCGCGCCACAGGCCUGCACUAUGGCAUCAUUUCCUGCGAGGGCUGCAAGGGCUUCUUCAAGCGCAGCAUCUGCAACAAGCGCGUGUACCGCUGCAACCGUGACAAGAACUGCGAGAUGUCGCGCAAGCAGCGCAACCGCUGCCAGUACUGCCGUCUCCUCAAGUGUCUGCAGAUGGGGAUGAACCGCAAAGCAAUCAGGGAGGAUGGCAUGCCAGGAGGGAGAAACAAAAGCAUCGGGCCAGUCCAGAUCACAGAGGAGGAGAUCGAGCGCAUCAUGUCAGGGCAGGAGUUCAAGGAGGACGCUCCAGAGCACACCUGGGGCAACAACGGCGACAGCGACCACAGCUCUCCCAGCAACGGGGCCUCGGAGGGCAACCAGCCGUCACCGGCCUCCACUCUCUCCUCCAAUCGCUCUGUGGAGAUGAACGGCUACACAGCGGCCCUCAGGGACCAGUACAUCAACACCUCCAUGUCCACACACUACCAGCUGCUGCCUCAUCUGUUCAGCUACGCCGCCCAGUCGGGCCUGCUCGCCCCUCAGCCCCGUGGCAUCUACCCACAGUCACACCCACUGGUGCUGCAGCUGGUGGCUGCUGAGGACCUGGCCCCCCUGUCAACCCCCAUGCUUAUAGAGGACGGGUACAAAGUGACACAGGUGGAGCUGUUCGCCCUGCUGUGUCGGCUGGCUGACGAGCUCCUCUUCCGUCAGAUCUCCUGGAUCAAGAAGCUGCCGUUCUUCUGCGAGCUCUCCAUCGAGGACUACACCUGCCUGCUCAGCUCCACCUGGCAGGAGCUCAUCCUGCUGUCCUGCCUCACCAUCUACAGCUCGCAGAUCUUUGGAGACCUGGCCAACGUCACCGCCAAGUACACGCCGUCUGACGACGAGCUGCAGAGUUUCAGCGAGGACGGGAUGGAGGUGAUGGAGAGGUUGAUAUAUCUGUUUCGUAAGUUCCACCAGUUGAAGAUCAGUAAUGAAGAGUACGCCUGUAUGAAAGCCAUCAACUUUCUCAACCAAGAUAUCCGAGGACUGUCCAACAUCUCUCAGCUCGAGCAGCUGAACAAGCGCUACUGGUAUGUGUGUCAGGACUACACUGAGUAUAAGUACCCGCACCAGCCCAAACGCUUCCCUGAGAUCAUGAUGUGUCUCCCAGAGAUCCGCUGCAUUGCAGGGAAGCUGGUGAAUGUACCUCUGGAGCAGCUCCCCCUUUUGUUCAAAGCAGUCUUGCACUCCUGCAAAUCCAGCCUGACCAGCUACAGGACCGGCCCGUCGCCCUGCGUGACCACCUCAUCCGGGAACUAGACACCCCCGACCCCCGAAGUCGAGGGACUGGUCUCCCCUCUUGUGAAUGUGACAAGCAGCUAGUUUGUUUUUUGUAACUUUUUCUUUAUAUAUUUAUUACACGACAGAGCUGAAUGUAUGCUGAUUUACACUGUGCACAUGCUUCUGUACAAAACAAAUGCUCGUAGAUGCAUUGGUCUUUGGAGUUUACAAGUGUGUUUCCAGUUUGCUCAAUGUGUCAGUGUUGCUAUUGUUAGAGCUAGACUUUAAAAGAGUUUAUUUUAGUCAGACGGGGGCAAACGGACACAUGUGACGAGUGUUGUGAGACUACCUCAGGAAGAUGUUGUUGCUAUUUUCAGGUACCUUUUCUUGCUGUUAAAUGAAGAGUUACCCGGUCUAAAACCAAAAAACCUUGUGGGUGUUUUGGCACCUCAAUCAGAGACUGAAUGUUCAAAAAGGAGCUGCAUAAAUCAAAGAUAGGAAAGCAGUGUUUCGUCACACUGGAAAAUGCAAAAUUGAUUAUCAGAAAUGAGCUACUUUAUCUGCAUGGACUCUCAGAAAUCCUGCUAAUGGGAGGCAGUCUUGUCAACUAACAUUCCAUGAGUUAAGGUGACAGUAGUUGGAAAAGGAGCAUACGGGUAUUUUUUACAAUCAUAGACUGGGGAUGUAAGGCUUUAUUGGAGGGGGAGGGGAGAUAGCUAGGUUUGCUGUUUUUAGUUUUAUUGUUUUUCUUUUUUGACCAAAGUGUUAUGCAAUGCGUUUUUCAAACACCCAUCGAUGGGUCGGAAGCUGAUAGCUCCACAAAGAUUUCUUAUCAAUGAAGGAUCAGGAUAAGAAAUGAAUCAAUCUGCGUCAGAGGGAGAAACCCUCUGCGGGACAGACACACGAGUAUGUUGCUGGAUUUCAAUCUAAAUCCUGCUAAACGUGCACACUGGAUCCUUGAGCACACAUGUAUGCACAGGGCGGAUGUGAAACCCAGGCGGUGUUUCCUCUGGUUCUCAUCAGAGGGGUUUCUUUGCUGCCUUCAGUGCCAGGAACAGUGAUGCAUCGGAGCCUUCUCUCGACACACGAUCAGCUGAGCGUACGGUCCACGGCGCCGGCUUCGGUUUAGUCAAAGAGGUAAUCCGUUUAUCUUUGUGUUCUUUGAUUAGUUAGAACAACCAGAGUCACGACACUUGGUGUUUGAGCUGUGAGAGAUAAAAUAAUGUGAACCAGCAGCAGCAGCAGACUGAUCUAGAGAGGAGCAGAGGUAACGCUCUGUGUCUGCUGAUAUCUGUGAUGCCCAGGUUGGAACCAAAUGGUCCAGUUCAUGUAAGUUUACGGUCUUUUCAGGUCCAAUCAGAAUUUUGCACAGACCCAAGAUGAGACUUGGUUCAGGUCUGGUCCUCUGGGUUUUACUGGCUAAGGUUGACUGAAAGACCAACAGACAGAAUGUGUUUUGUGAACUGGGGAACAUCCAGGUUAGGGAUUAUCACUUUGACCCGGCUAGCAGUGGAUUCAGCACGGUUGAUCCAGGCUGAGAAUUUAGAUGACUUCCCUCUAUCUUGCAUACCCUCUGUGAAAGAUAUGCACAUGUUUAAAAAAAUAGCCAUAGGAAAUGGUCUUUAUUUUUGAAGUAUGAGAUGAUCGUUUCAAAACCGCUCGAAGUGUCCUCUUGGAUUCCUCAAGUUUUUAGCCGAUUCACGAUGAUAAGAUCGAUUUAAGAUGCAGACAAAAUGCAGUCCUUGCAACGACUCUCUUUUUUGCACACGACGGUGAGGUUUGGAGACCCUUGACCCUUGACCUCGGCCACUGCCCACCCGGUGUGUUCCUCUCUCUCAGGUCCCUGCAGACCUGGAUCUAAACAGGGUAAAGUGAGUGUUAUGUAUUGCAUUCAGGAGUUCCUCAGUGACCAUGCUGAUGUACUUGUAGUAUUAGUAGAAGUAGGUUCCAGGACAUCGUAGGUCCUCUAUAGAAAGUGUUUUUUUUUUUUCCCACUUUAUUUCCCUCAUGGUCCCGCCCCACCCUCCACCCUCCACCCUCCACCCCUCGCCCCCGUCAGUCAGUGACAGUGGAUGUAGUUUGAAGGUGACACAUGCAGGGUGGAUGUUUCUCUGUGUGCAGCCUUAACAGCACCACCGGUCCGAUGCAGUGUUCCUCUUUAAAUGUUUCAGUUAGCCUCUUUUCAUCUUUUGAUUUUUAUACAUUUUCAUGUACCUUUGUAGUUAUUGUGAAUGUUUUGGGUUUUUGUUGUUUUUCACGUAUUCAUUGUCUUUUUGGGGGGGAAGUGAAGACGACCCCUUUCAUUUUCUUAACUUUGAAUGAAUUCUUGACGUUUAUUUUUGGGACAUGAUUUUUAAUACCUCGUUCCCCUUGUCCACAGUGGUUUGAUAUAGUUUGAAAAGUAUUACUCGGGUGAUGUUCGGCUUGUUUCAUACGGGCCACACUGACGCCCUUUUAUGUAUUAUUUGAAUCAUUUUAUGAUGCCACUAAGAUUCAGAGCAGCUAUGGUUAAAGUAUGUCAAUAAAAGUGCGUGCAUCAUCGCUCAGGCUUCUAAGGUUAAAGGGUUGUUUCAACUAAAUCUUAACAAAGCUUUUCUCACUGACCUCUGGUGGCCAAUCAGAUCAUUGAGGCCUCAUCUGUCGAGAUUUUAGGAUACCUGUCCCAAAAACUGUAUCAGUAUAUCAUCCUUUUCAUUUGACAAUUUGAAUGUUAAUCUUAAUUUUAAUAAGGUUUUAGCUGCCAAAUUCACACCUUGCAGAGACUUUGGGUUAAGAUUAAUGUGAUAAAAGGAGUAAUAUGAAUAAUCACGAUACUAAUUCAAGCAGCACCGUGAAAACACUCGGUGCAUUAUUUAAAGAGACAGUGACAUUCUUAUAAUCUACGUAUCUUGAACUGAGACGCCUCAAAACCGUCACAGAUUAAAUACGGACAGUUUGAAUAUGUGAGAAAUGUCUUCUGCUGUUGUUUGUUUUUGACGAACUGACCCUUUAACAACAUAAUCUCAGGGAUAUAUAGUUUUAUGAAACAGAAGUCUGGGCGAUGUGAAGCAGCAUUUCAAAAGGAGAAGAAUCCCCUGAAGCCUUGUAUCACUGCUGAGACAGAUCUGAGUUCUGACCUCUCAGACUUGAGGUCAGGACGUAAAGACUACAGCUAGUGGAGGAAAGAGAAAGGAUGCGGGGCGGCCGACAACACGGUCGCCCUACCUCAAAGUAACUCCAGGAAUGCACUGAUCAUCCUGGACGGCUGAGAUCUGACAGCGGAGGGCGAUCUGACGGGGGAUUCUUCCUUUUAAUGUAGCAGAAAUGUCAAAAAACGAACCCCUGCUCAACGACAGAAAACACAAACUCACCUCGGCUACCUUACUGCCAACUCUCUGACCUCUUCACUCAGAUUUUGAUACUGAAGUGUUCUUUUUUUAUUUCUGUAUUUGUAUUAUUUUGCAGACAAGGGAUAUGUCAUUUUGCAAUUUCUGUACUGAAACUACCUCUUUAUUUGUCAUCAUGUUGCUUAUUUUCAAAUAGGUGAUUUUUUUUUUGUCUUAUUUAUUGGUUUCAUUGCACCAAUGUUCUGUUAUUUUUGUGUCUCUUAUUUCACUCAGUGACCUCAGAUUUAAGAAAAGCGCUGACACCUGUUUACUUCUUCUCUUAUUGCCUCAUCCUCCUCUCUACCUCUGUUCCCUCACCUUCCGUCAGCCGCUUUGAUUUCCUCUGACCUCUUACACCCUCAGUCUUUUGAUUCAGGGAUCGUCUACCUCCUGUUUCUUUUUUUUUUUCACCCUUUAUUUCAUGUAAAAUUAGCAUCAUCUUUCAUUUCACUUCUGCCCUGUUAUCAAUACCAAAGAUGAAAGAAUGUCAAUGACAAUGUCAGUGUGCUGAUAAGGCCUUCACAUGAUGCGUUCAUGCUGCAGUUAACCAGUGCUUUAUUUUCCCGUGUUGACCUUUUUGGAAUCCGUCUUGUUAUCUUGUGAAUGGCUGUUUGCUGUGUACACUAUAUUCACCACAUCAUGAUAUGCCGCUGUCUGUGUGUGUGUGUGUUUUUAUCCCAUUGUGCUCUAUGAUUGCUCACUGUUAAGGCGGUUUCAAGGUAACAUGGAGUGCUAACAAUGGGACUGCUAUCAUAUCUGCUGAUGCAGCUUGUGAUCGCCUGUCAAUCAGAGAAUGUAAACUUUGGUCAAACUGACAUCUCCUCAUGUUUACAUGCUUUUCUUUACCGACUCACGUGACCCUGAUGCUGAGGCACGCAACCACAGUCAGACUGCUGCGGGCGAGGCUGUCAUUGCUUCAGCGUCAUGACACCAAACAAGAAACAGUUCUGCCCUGACACUUCAGUCCUGGGUCUGGUUUUCCUGCUUUUAACAUCAUUCCUGUUUCUUAUGAUGCAUUUCAGUCAGUGCAGAGAUUUGGGAGUGCAGAGAUUACAUUUAAACUUUAAACAUGCAUUUAAUUCUGCAGAGAAGGGAUUGAACCUGGUUUACUUUCUGCAGAUGUCUGUAUGGUGUGGUCAUGUGACUGCCCUUGCAGGAAAAUAAGAACAAAAUAAGUGAUCCUUUUUUAAAAGUUAAAUGUUUUUCCACACCCUUUAUCAAAGACCGGACAAUGGUUUCAAAGAUUAGACAUGCAACAUGUUUCUCCAGCUAACCGUGAAUCAUAAAAUAUGGGUAAUAAUAAGGAUCAGAAUUCUAAUAAUCAGAUUUUCUUAUUUCUUCAUCACCUGCUUCUCAGGGCUUCUGUAUUUCACAAAUUCGAGACUCCUCAUGUCUUUGUCUGCAUGUUUCUCUGUUCUCCCAGAUCUCAGUAAAACAAACUGACUGAACUAUUAUCACAAGAAGUAGAAAAGCUGUAGCAUGCCUCAGUUGUUCUGUCUCUUGCAGAACUUGUCAGGACUUCGGUGAGUCCCUCGCCACUUCUGAACCCUGUCGUACAGGAGCACAAGAAAAGAAAAGUGUGGGAGGAAGUGAAGAAGUGUCGACAUAUCUCAGGGAAUAAAUACUUUUACACACUUUCAUCAUCUGUGAACAGACAACUGAAACGCCUUUUAUGUUUUUCUCUUCAGAAAUCUCUUGUCUGCUCUUGUUACUUUAACUACCUGUGAAGAAUGUGAUCCAUUACGUGUUAAAAGCAUGUUUAGAAUGUGUUAGGACUUGAAACCAAAUAAAUGUGAACGUUAUGCAAGUACA